ACCACGACUACUUCUUUACUUUCUAUGGAUCUCCAGCGGGCGUUCUCAUCUAAACGCAAGCAUACAUGCUGGACUGUGUGGUUAAAACACCACAAGAUGAAGUGUCCUUUCAUCAACGAUCUUAGCCACCUCCUGCCUGAUAUCGAGUUUCUAGAGCUAUUGUUCACUGGAAGCCAUAGCUAUCUCUUCAAAUACACCUUGACACAACCUGACUGGCCGGAAUCACGGUUCGAAAGAAAUGCAUGGGAGAAAGACCCCUUCAUCGUUGAAUGUCAAGUGUAUGAUUACUUGAUUGGAAACAAUCUAAGCGGAGUGGUUGGGCCUUGUUGCCAUGGCUGGCUCAAGCUUGAUAAAGCCCAGGAACAAAGCUUGGAAUGGAAGCUAGAAUGGCGGCGGAGAAUAAAUACAGCUGAAGACCCUAUUUGUGGACUGUUGCUUGAAUACAUUGAUGGGUGUACCAUCGACAAGGCUAGAGUUACUCCCGCUGGAGCCCAGAGUUUGCGAGAUCAGCUCGAUCAUCUACACAAUAUGGACAUCGCCCAUGGUGACCUGUUUCCACGAAAUAUAAUGGGAUCAAAUGAUGGCCGUGCAUUUCUUGUUGAUUUCAGCUCUGCAAAGUUAUGGCCUCACAGUUCCUUUAUGAUACGCAAAAGAGAAGAUUUCCUAUGCUACACUCAAAGUGAGAAAUGCAAACUUGAACUACUUUUGUUUCGCCUUCAAAAGUUAAAACGGCACCAAGGCAUGACAUUCAGCACAACUGAAAGUGAGGAACAAGCAUACGGUCGCCCGGUGUGUUCCUGGGCAAAUGCAAAUUACGCGGUUGUUGAGUAA